GAAACUAGGAGCCUGAGACGUAACUUCACCCAAACGACAUUCAGUCUGACUAGGAAGAACGAAGUACACGCGCUUCUCUGUGCUUCAAAAAGUUUGGAUUAUAGUUCACCGUCUUUUUUUAUUACAUUAAAUAAUUUCUUUACGGAGCGCAUUCUAAGGGGAGAAGGGCGCUGGAUAAAUCUUCUUAAAAGAGGUAAAUCAAUCAGAGAGCAACAAAACAAGGCAAUUAUAGAAAAACACAGCCAUAAACACGCAGGUGCCUUCUGAACAAUAGCGCUCACACACUGAAUCAAGUGCCCAGUCAACGGGUCAAAAAGGAGCAAACAUGACUGACGUGGCACAAAAAGCAGAGAUCCUUCUUUCUUCUUCCAAACCUGUUGCGAAAAGCUAUGUGCCCAAACUGGGCCAGGGGGAUGUAAAGAAUAAGUUUGAAGCCAUGCAGAAAGCAAGGGCAGAGCGAAGUCAUAAAAGAAGUGUGGAUGAACAUCAAAGAAGGAGGGAGCAGUACAUUAGAGAGAAAGAGUGGAACAGACGAAAGCAGGAGAUUAAAGAACUUCUUGCUUCUGAUGAUGAAGAAGAGGUUAAACCGGCAAAACCAGAAAAAAGCUACGUGCCAAAAAUAACAGGGAGUGUAAAGGGUAAAUUUGCAGAAAUGGAGAAGCAAAGACAAGAGGGACAGAAAAAGAGAACUAAGGAGGAAAGACAGAGGCGCCUCACACAGGAUUUAGCGGAAAAGAAGAAGAUUCAACGAGAGCUGGCCAAGAAAGCUGAGGAGGAAGGCGAUGAUUCACUUCUCAUCAAAGUAGUUCCAGUAAAACAUUCAAAAUCCCCUGGCAAGAUUAAAGUAAACUUUGAAGAUCUGGAAAAAGCGAGAGAAGAGGAAGAGAAGCAGAAAAUUGAGGGUGAGAAGAAGAAAAGAUAUGAAGAGCACAGGCGUUCCUUCCGUGAAGCUAAACGUCUUUCAGUCUCGGAUGACAGUGAAACGCAAACCAAAGUGAAGGAACAGAGCACUCCUGGGAAGCUGAAACUGACGUUUGAGGAAAUUGAAAGGGAAAGGCAGGAGCUGAGGAAGCAGCAGGCCGAGGAGGCGGCAAAGCAGCGGCUGGAGGAGGAAAAGCGUGCCUUCGAGGAAGCAAAACUUCACAUGGAAAAUAAUGACAAGGAAGAACAAGGAGCCCAGUCUGUGAAAGAAGAGUUCCGCCCCGGCAAAUUGAAACUUAGUUUUGAGGAGCUGGAACGGCAAAGAAUAGAGGAAGAAAGGAGAAAAGCAGAAGAAGAAUCUAAAAGGCGUAUUGAAGAAGAAAAGAAAGCGUUCGCCGAAGCCAGAAAGAGCAUGGUCUUUGAUGACGAUGACGAAAUUCUUGCUGCGAUUCUUAUCAAAGAAAGUGUCAAACCAGGGAAACUAAGUAUCAGUUUUGAAGAACUGGAAAGGCAGCGGCGUGAGGAAGAGCAUCGGAAAACAGAGGAAGAAUCCAGAAAAAGGCUUGAAGAAGAAAAAAGGCUGUUUGCAGAAGCCAGGAAGAGCAUGAGUCCAGGCCAGGAUAAGGAAAAUUCAAUCAUGAAGAAUUAUGGAGAUGAAAUACUAGAUGGGGACGAACAAGGCCUUGUUAAAAGUGAGUCUCAAGAAGCACUCGCCCGAGGGAAACUGGAAAUUAAUUUCGAGGAGCUGUUGAAACAAAAGGAAGAAGCAGAACGAAGACGUACAGAGGAGGAGCGCAAGCAAAAACUGGAAAUGGAACAGCAAGAGUUUGAGCAAAUGCGACUAGAAAUGGAAAAGGAUGAAGUAAAUGAAAGCAUUGAAGUUUUAAGUACCGAGUAUGAAGAAUUGAUUAAGCUAAAGAGAACUGGCUCAAUUCAAGCUAAGAACUUGAAGUCCAAGUUUGAAAAAAUCAGGCAACUCACAGAAGAGGAAAUUCAGAAGAAAAUUGAUGAAGAGAGGGCCAGGAGAAAAGCCAUUGAUCUUGAAAUCAAGGAGAGGGAAGCUGAAAGAGUUCAAGAGGAAGAUGAAGAGGAGAGCGGGACUCAAACUGCCAGAAUUUAUGCUCCUUUCAAACACAAAGUGGACAUGCGAGCUCGAUUUGAGCAGAUGUCCAAGGCCAGAGAGGAGGAGGAUAGAAAGAGAAUCGAGGCACAGAAAUUGCUAAGAAUGCAGUUUGAACAAGAAGAAAUUGACGCGGCAUUGCAAAAGAAAAAAGAGGAGGAGGAGGAAGAGGAAGACGGAAGCAUCAUUAAUGGGUCAACAUAUGAAGAUGAAGAGGAUCAUGCAAGAUCUGGGGCUCCAUGGUUCAAGAAGCCUCUUAAAAACCAGUCAGUGGUUGAUGCGGAACCAGUUCGAUUUACAGUGAAAAUCAAUGGAGAACCAAAGCCAGAAGUGACUUGGUGGUUUGAAGGGGAAAUGCUCCAGGACUGUGAAGACUAUCAGUAUAUUGAGAGAGGAGAAACCUACUGCCUUUACCUCCCCGAGACCUUCCCUGAGGAUGAAGGAGAAUACAUGUGCAAAGCAGUGAACAGCCGUGGCACAGCUGCUAGUACUUGCAUUCUCACCAUUGAAACUGAGGACUAUUGAUGCCCUAUUUUAAUGGAAUGUUUCCUCUCUCCUUUACUUUCUCCAUCUUUCCUAUGGUGGGGCCAAAAAAAGAAAAAAAAAACUUUCAAUUUGGAAAGAACUUUAUUUUGUCAUUCCUCCAGUGGUUAAACAUUAUGGUCUUGAAAACACAUGAGCAUGGUUUACAUACUGAUCUGUUUUUGUUCAUGGUAUUAGUGACAAGGCUCAGCCUUCCAAGCACUCGGUAAUGGCAGAAGCAAUGUAUGCUACUUGUGCUAACAUGACCCAUGUUAAAUAUGUCAUAUUGGUAAAUUCUACAUAAAAUGAUGCACCAUACUAUUGCCUUGAGGGAAAAUAGGUUUUCCCUAAAUGAUAGUCUGUAACUUUGUCUAAAGACAAUAAAAGUUUCCACUGUUAAGAAUUAAACAUGUCAUUUUACAGUACAUACAACUGAAGUAUGUUACAUGUAACUGUAGCUCUAAAGUUAAUGCCCUAAUUUAAGUAUUUAUUAACCCUCAAGAGCUGGUCAUGCAUUUAAUUAUGUUUAUUUAAGGUGUUGCUGUUAUGAAAGUUGAAAGUUCUUGUUAGAAAUUGUCAAUGGUAAAAUUGAACAGACAAGCAGAUUACAUUGUGUAACAAAGUAAGAAACAUUUACAAUUGUAUGGCAAUAUUGGCUAGCUACUUAACCAUAUACAUGAGUAUGGCUUAAUUUUUUUUAGAUUAAUUUUAAAAACAGUCAGAACAGCAAUAAGUUAGUACAAACAGGUUCAGUGUAACAAGAAACAUUGACAGUUCUAAAAAUAAAUAAAUAAAUAAAUAAAUGAAUGAAUGAAAACUU